UGUGUAUAAAAGGCAAAGGCAUGAUUCAUCUGUUCAGCUAUAUAGUUCCGACCUGUUAACUAAUAACUUCAGUCUGUAGCUUCAUCACUUUCUGGAAUGAAGAUGAAAACUAUUCUUGUUGGACUUUUUCUGGGACUUCUUGCUCUUGUCCAGGCGACACCUGUUCCGACUGUGACCCAGAUCCCGGCCAAAGCCGAGGAUGAUGUUUUCCGAGAGGCGGUGACCGACGGGUUCCUCGUCAACCACUUCUUCACAACUCGAUCGCCAAAAAGGAACACCACCGUCCUAGCGUCCCAGCAGCCGUCCUCUGACCCCAAAGAGGCCGUGAAGGAGGCGCCCAGCGAGGAGACCACGACCGCCGUGUUCAUCCAGCAUGGAGGUGACCACGAUACAACCACAACGGACUUAUCAACCAGCUCUCCAUCUGGCAUUACGUCCUCAUCGGUGCCAAAUGACGCCAAACCAUCAACCACCACCCACAUCUCAGCCACCCAUACCGCUGACCCCGCCGUCUCCAGCUUCCACUUCUUGAGCACUCUGAGUUCAGACUCCGGGUCUGGAGACGGAGAGGAGUCAGACUUGGACGCCAUCACAAGCUCUAAUACGACCCCUGCCCCCAACACAGAAAGUAGCACUGCAGCAUCGACCUCCACGGCUGCUUUCAACCCUAAACGACUGUUUGAAGACGGUGAAGGAUCAGGGUCGGGAUCGACACCAGAAACCAGCACUGCGUCAUCAACCUCCACAGCUUUUUUCAUCCAAUCCAUAGCUCCACGACUGCACUUAUUACCUGCAGGAUCAGCAUCUGCAGAGGAACUUUCAAACUCUUCAGCAAAGUUAUUAUUAGAAACAGUUAAUCACAGACCCGACAUUUCCUCGCCGCAGGCGGCAGCAAAAGGUACUCCAGGUUGGAUCAUCAUCGUUGGUUUUAUCGUCGGUGUUGCAGCACUGGUAAUGCUCUGCGUGGCCAUCGCUACCCGAGACAAGUGGAACGGACCUCAUCAGUCUCAGACCAAGGCUGACUCCUCAAACCAGCAGAGGGAGCAAGAGAUGGAGACGUUCCUGCACAAAGAGGCGCCCAGGGAGAACGGGAAGUCAGCAGAGUACACAGUCAUCCCCCUGGACGAACUUCCAGAAAGUAAUUCGUCACACUGACAGUCAGUGCAAGAGAGACCCUCAGGGGGGCUUGAGACUCAUCACAGAACCACACAACUGUUUUUGUAACAGACGUAUUUGACCAGAGGAACAAAAACUGCCGGGGCCGUUUGAGCAGAAAGCGUCUGUGGACGGUCACAGCGUCUGAGCCAGACUCCUGAUCUGGUUUUUCCUGCUGACUUUCAACAACUCUUCGCCGCAACCUGCCUAUGAAUCUACAGCAACACUUUGGUUGAUUAAUUUAUUUCCAUAUCAACUCUGUCAUUAACUGUAACAAACCAAAAUCGAUCCGGGUGAGAUGCACAAAUGCCAUUUAUUUCAAAUAUGACAAAAAAGUCAGUUCUUUAUUUCCUUUUGUGUCGUUGUAAAUACUUGGUUACAAUAGUUUUUCAAUUUCAGAUGUAUAAAAACUAUUGUUUUUGCCUUCAUUGUAAUGUAACUUAAAUCACUUUGUAAUA